CUGCAGUUUUGGUUAGAGUGCAGUUGAUAACACCAAGAUGGCUCUUUUUAAGUGUCUGUUUGGUGUUGUUUUGAUUUGCAGCAUUUCUGCCCAGAAGUACUGGAGGGAGCCACUGGUGCCACAGAAACAACAACAACAACUCUUGUCUUCUUUCCAGAAGCCCCAGCAGGAGUUGAAGGUCCCUCCACCUGCAGCUCCCUUUGAUAAAUGUGACCUGGGAGAGAUUGAGAAAAUCCAGUGUGGGUCUCCAGAUAUCACUGUUGAUCAGUGUCAAGAGAUUAACUGCUGUUUUGAUGGGCGUCAAUGUUACUAUGGUAAAGCAGUGACUGUACAGUGUACCAGGGAUGGACAGUUUGUGGUGGUUGUGGCCAGAGAGGCCACUCUGCCACCACUGCAUGUUAGCUCCAUUAGCUUGCUUGAAUCAAACAAUGAUGUUUGUCAACCAGUUGAUGGCAGCUCUGCCUUUGUCAUCUUUCAGUUCCCUGUGGUAGCAUGUGGAACUACACUAAAGCAGAAUGAUGAUGGCCAUGUAGUCUAUGAGAACCACAUGGCCUCCUCUUAUGAGGUGGGAGUUGGACCCAAAGGAUCAAUCACCAGGGAUAGCCAUUUUGAAUUACUGUUCCAGUGUCGGUAUACUGGCACAUCUGUAGAGGCUCUUGUCAUGGAGGUAAACCCUGUUCCGCCACCAGUUUCUGUUGCUGCAGCAGGACCCCUAAGGGUGGAGCUCAGACUGGGCAAUGGACAGUGUUUUUCUAAAGGCUGUAAUGAGGAGGUGGCAGCAUACAGCUCCUUCUACAAUCCAUCUGACUAUCCAGUCACUAAAGUGUUGAAAGAACCAGUCUAUGUUGAGGUCCGUAUUCUGGGGAGAUCUGACCCAAACAUCUUUCUGAACCUGGAACACUGCUGGGCCACUUCAACACCCAACCCUGAGGGCUUACCACAGUGGGACCUUCUGGUUGAUGGUUGUCCCUAUCAAGACGACCGAUACCAGACCACAGUGAUUCCUGUGGAUACCUUUUCUGGGCUGGAGUAUCCCUCUCAUUACAAACGUUUUGUUAGCAGGAUGUUUACCUUUGUGGCUCCAGAGACCUAUACUCCUCAGAAAGAUACGGUGUUUAUCCACUGUUCAACAGCAGUGUGCUAUCCAAGCAGUGCUAACUCUUGUGUGCAACAAUGCCACAGGCAACGAAGAGCAGCAGUGGAGAAGGUGCCCUCCAGCCAGAGAGUCCUGGUUUCCAGUGGUGAAGUGAUCCUUUCCAAGAUGGCCACUGAAUCUUGAAGGCAACAAUCCACUGAAUACCAUAUGAACUCUUUUAAUAAAGAUGGCUAAAGGUUAUGCCUGAAUCUAA